AUGGAUGGUGUAUCAUUUACAAAGGCUCAAAUGGGAGGUGUAUACGCGAUGGUUAUAACAGGGAAGGAUUCGACCUAUGAGAGUAUUACCACAACCGUCCAUACGAUUGCCCCUGAAAACAGGAUAAAUAUACUGUGGCAGAUACCACAAUACUUCGUCAUCACUGUAGCCGAAAUUCUUUUUAGCGUUAGCGGGCUUGAGUUUGCAUAUCAAGAGGCCUCUGUAGAAAUGAAAUCCAUCGUACAGGCGAUAUGGUUGCUAACAAAUGCAAUCGGAAAUGUUAUUAUAAUGGCAGUGGCUAACACAGCACUCACAGAUAACCUUGCAAUUGAGAUGUUCAUAUUUGCUGCCGCAAUGGCAGCUGUAAUGCUCGUAUUUAUUCUGCUGGCUGCAUUCUACUACACUUACAAAAGCGAUGCUGAAAAUCCAGAAGAGAAAUGGGCAGAGCCAGACUCUGUAGAUAUUAAU